AUGUCACUCCGCAAAACGUCUUGUCGAGCAUGUGUGGCGGCCAAGCGUCGGUGUGACCACAGGGUGCCCAGUUGCUCUCGCUGUUGCAAGAGAUCUAUUGCAUGUCACUAUCCAUAUCCGCCUCCACAGGCUAAGGGAGAUAGGACUACACCACUGGAUGACUAUGUAGGGUCCAGUCUCCAGUUGGAUCCCACGCUCUUGAGCGCAUGUGGUUCUUCUCUGAAGGACUCCAUACAAACAACCAUGAUCUCCGACCGAGGAGAUGACCCAAUGUGGUUCCCAGAGGGACCCCCGACUUCCAAUCAACUCUGGAACUUUCCUCAAGGAAUGUCAAGCUGGCGUCCUCUUCCCAGCUCAGCAGAUGGUUUUGCUUCAGCAUUACCCCGACUGGAACGCAGAGUGUUGGAAUUUUGGCCCCGCGUUCAUGACAAAGAAACAUGGGGGUUUUGCGUCAGGACAUUCCUCGGUUACAUUGACCACUUUUUGAACACGGGCACAAUGCCACUCUUUGGGUCAUUGGUCGAUGGCCCAUCAGAUCUUCCGCCUCUCCUGCGUGAAGCCUAUGGGGUCUGCGCAGCAUAUCGAACCUGCAAGAACGCCAAAAAGCCUUUCUACAGCCAACUCCUGAACGCCGCUGUCAAUAACAUGAGCCAAAGUACCCCAACACAAACUGACUUGCGACAUCAAUUGGGCCGUAUUCAGGCCUUGGUCCUCUAUUAUAUCAUUUUCAUAACCGGUGGCAUCAGCGACAAACAGCUCCUUCGACACCUAGACCGCAUGCUGGCGCAGGGCACUGCCGACCUAGAACGGAUGGAACUAGCAAGGCGCCAUGCGCAAGACAAAACACAAUUGGACUCUCACUUCUCAGAUAGCCAUUUGAAUGACUGGGUGCUAUGCGAAGGUGCUCGUCGGCUCGUCAUGAUUUCGUAUCUGGUGCGCGCCGUUCACUCAGUGAUCCAGUUCCAGAGAUGCGACUAUAUCAAAUAUCUGGUGGGGCUGCCAGUUUCGACUAAAUCGUACGCGGAGCUUCGCUGGGAGGAGUUCAUCGAUGAAAGGGAGCAGGCCUCAGUGCACCCAAUUUCGGGAGUCAUUUCGUAUGACGAAUUUGUGAGUGACUGGGAACAAGGAGGACUAGUUCAAGUCGAUGAGUUCAGGCAUCUUUUGCUGGUGGCGUGUAAAGGGGUGGCCUCUGUACAGGAAAGAACACCAAAGGAGCCGGUCCUGACCUCUGAUAGCUUCGUGCAUACUUAG